AUGACAAAAAAUAAUUCUAUAAUUUUAAAUAAAUCGACAGCUCCAAAACCUUCAAUACCUUUCACUAUAUUACCAAGUCCUUUUCAAACUAUAAUUGUGAUCAGUGCAGCACAACAUCAACAAGCCAUACAAAAAGUAAACGAACUUGAUAAUGAAAUCAGAAAUGCUGGAGUAAAUUUGGUGCUUAUUCAAGAAGUUAGCAAGAAGCAAAAGGUUGAUUAUUCAACUAUUAUUUCAGAAUUGAUUCCUUUAUAUGGAAAAAUCAAUCGAUUAAUUCCAUUAUAUUAUAUUGUAACAAAGAAUAACGAUAUGGCAGCAAGAAAUCUCAUAAAUCAUGAAGAAACAUCUUUAUUAUCAUCUUCUUCCUCCUCCUCUUCUUCUUCAUUGUCAUCAUUAUUAUCCCCGAAAAAUUCAUUAUCAUCUUCAACAAAAUCAACAGCAGCACUAAUGAAUGAUCAGAAUGAUGUUAACAAAAGAGAAGGGGAUGGUGACGAUAACAAUGAUAACAAUGACGAAGACGAUGAUGAAGGAGAAAAUAUUUACGGAUUGGGAUUUACAACUAAGCUAAGUUCUGGGGCAGGUGCACUUGCAAAAUUUUUAUCUUUGGUUGAAGACGAUGAUUCAUUUGGUCAACUUUCAAGUCAAGUUGGGGAUUUAUUUGUACCAAGGAAAUUUUCACAUAAUAAUAACACAAACAAUCUUAACAAAAAGGAAAACGAUGAUGAUGUGAAGAAUUAA